AUGGUUAUCAACUCCACUAUGACACGCGAGAUGGAGAACCCGCAUCCCGAUGGUGCAGUUUCCAGCGCUUCCUAUACAAUUCAGGAGGAGCUGCUUGGUACGCCGAGGAAGCUUCGUGUAUUGAUGGUUGGAGCCGGUGCAAGUGGACUGAAUAUUGCCCAUCAUAUGCAUUUGCAAAUGCAAAACUAUGAGCUGCAAAUAUACGAAAAGAAUGAGGAUGUGGGAGGGACGUGGUUUGAAAAUAGAUACCCUGGAUGUGCUUGCGAUAUUCCCGCGCACAAUUAUCAGUACACCUGGGAACCAAAUCCAGAGUGGUCUACGUUCUAUUCUUCGGCGGGAGAGAUCUUCAACUACUUCAAAAAAGUCGCCAGCAAGUAUGAACUAUACAAGUAUAUUCGCUUGAGCCACCUAGUGACGGGGGCGGUCUGGGGCGAGGAGCAGGGUAUCUGGAACCUACAGAUCAAGAAUCAAGAGACUGGCACGAUCAUUCAGGACUGGGGCCACAUCCUCAUCAAUGGAUGUGGUGUUCUCAACAAUUGGAAAUGGCCAGACAUUCCCGGCCUGCAGUCGUUCAAGGGCGAUCUCAUCCACAGUGCUGCAUGGCCCGAGGGUUAUGAUGUGACCGACAAGACCGUUGCUGUUCUGGGAUGUGGAUCAUCUGGAGUACAAAUCGUCCCUACCAUCCAACCUAAGGUAAAAUCACUUACGACCUUCAUCCGCAGCCCGACUUGGAUCACUGCCGGGUUUGCCCAGAGCCAUGCAGGACCCGGAGGAGCCAAUUUUGAGUUUAGCGAGGGGCAGAAAAAGAACUUCCGUGAAAACCCGGACGAGUAUCUCAAGUACAGGAAGGAAAUUGAAGGGGAGCUCAACCAAAGGUUCCGAUUUACCAUUGCCAAUAGCAAAGAACAGGCUGAGGCACGGGCAUAUUCGGUUAGGGACAUGACCAAAAAACUAUGCAAUGACCCACGAUUGGUGAAAGCUUUAUUGCCGGAAUUUGCAGUCGGAUGCCGUCGACCCACCCCCGGGAAUGGUUAUCUCGAGUCAUUAACCAAGGAAAACGUACAAGUGGUAACUGAUACAAUUGCAAAGGCUGUACCGGAGGGCAUAGUUUUAUCUACUGGAGAGGUGAUCCAUGUCGAUGCAUUCAUCUGCGCUACUGGAUUUGACAUGUCGUUUGCGCCCCGGUUUAACUUGGUUGGUCGUGAGGGCAAGAGUCUAGCAGAGGAGUGGAAGGUGAAGCCAACCGCAUAUCUUUCCCUAGCAGCUGCCGACUUCCCCAAUUACUUCACGUUCCUCGGGCCAAACGCUCCUAUAGGCCACGGCAGUGUGCUACCUAUUGUCGAGCAUACUAGCAAAUACAUUAUUAACUUCAUGAAGAAAAUUCAAACCCAGGGUAUCAAAGCCGUUUCGCCCAAACGUGACGCUAUCCGUGAUUUUGAUAUCCACCUGACCGAAUUCAUGAAGCGGACAGCUUGGGCUACCCCAUGCCGUAGCUGGUUUAAGAACGGAAAGAUUGAUGGACCCGUCACUGCUGUUCAUCCUGGAAGUCGCAUUCACUGGUUUCACAUGUUGACGGAUAUUCGCUUUGAGGAUUGGGAAUUCACCUAUGUCAGCAACAAUCGCUUCCGGUAUCUGGGAAACGGCUUCUCUGUCAAAGAGCAACCGGGCAGAGAUACCACUCAAUAUUUUGAUUUCCCAAAUGAAGGCUACAGGGAUUACUAA